GUUUUUGAAGUUCCGCCUCUGGGUGGUGUAACGAGUGGCCGGCUGAACCUUCAGAUUGUUCUAGCAGCGGCAGCACCUGGAGAGAAAGCGACCCUAGGCUACCGGCGGAAUGAGCCUGACACCGCACGUGUUCUGGGCACAAAGGCACCACGAGCUGUACCUGCGGGUGGAGCUGAGCGAUGUGCAGAACCCAGACAUCACUAUCUCUGACAAUGUACUUCAUUUUAAAGCCCAAGGACAUGGAGCUAAAGGAGUCAAUAUAUAUGAGUUUUCCUUGGAAUUCUUUGAACCUGUAAAGCCAAAGUUUACACAGAGACCAACUCAGCGGCAGGUUGCCAUCACUGUAAAGAAGAGCGAGAAGCUUUGGUGGCCACGGCUCAUCAAAGAAGAGCGCAAGCCUCGUUUCCUAGCCCCAGACUUUGAUCGCUGGCUAGAUGAAUCAGAUGCAGAAAUGGAGCUGCGAGAGAAGGAAGAAGAACGAAUAACGAAAAUUAGAACAGAGUCUAGAAAACGAGAAGACCCUUUCCUGUACGUGAAGCGUGGCUAUUUAUUCAUGUAUAACCUUGUGCAGUUCUUGGGAUUUUCCUGGAUUUUUGUUAACAUGACGGUUCGACUUUUCAUUCUUGGACAAGACUCGUUUUAUGAUACAUUUAAUACCAUGGGCGAUAUGAUAUAUUUCUGUCAGACUCUGGCUAUUUUGGAGAUUAUCAAUCCCUUAAUUGGAUUGGUGAAAACAGGAGUCGCACCAGCAUUGAUCCAGGUUUUGGGUAGGAAUUUCAUAAUUUUUUUCAUCCUCGGGCAACUGGAUGAAAUGCAGACUAAAGCCAUAGUCUUCUUCAUAUUGUACCUGUGGAGCUCAAUAGAAAUUUUCAGGUACCCAUUCUACAUGCUGGCUUGUCUAGACACAGAGUGGAAGCUGUUAACGUGGAUCAGAUACACAAUUUGGAUCCCACUUUACCCCCUUGGAGCACUGGCAGAAGCUGUGUCUAUUAUCCAGGCAAUCCCCAUCUUUAAUGAGACCGGAAGAUUCAGUUUUCGGCUGCCUCUACCCAUAGAACUUACUGUCAGCUUCUCUGUAUUUCUUGUUGUUUACCUAGUUCUGUUAUUUCUGGGACUUGCCAUCAAUCUACGGCAUUUACUGAAACAGAGACGUCGGCGUUUGGGCAGCAGGAAGAGAAAAAUGCAAUAAAUGGCCAACAGUAUGUUCACUGCACUGGAAACAUCACCCAAGGACAUAACUAGUGGUGUCUGUAACCACUCAGAGUCUAAUUCUUCAUUGCACCCUACUCUCACAUUCCUCUUCUUUCCCUGCACUGCAUCCCCUUUAAAGAUGUACUUAUCCAAUCUUCAUGUUUCCAGAACAUUGAAAACUGGUGUAAGGAUCUUCAGCAGAAACCUUCCUCCUUCUGGUGUGUCAGUCAGGUGUAUCAUUUUACAGCCAUGGCAUUAGCUUACAGUAAAGGCCACUCUAACAGGCACAGCUGCAGUCAGUAUUCCCAUUGGCUGAGGCCAUAACUCAGGGCAUGGGUGGCCAUGGAGGUAAUUUUUAAUUUAAUAAUUCUGACAGAUAAGAAUCUCGGUAGAUAUGUGCUCAGUAGGUUACUAUGGUACCAAUAUAAGAUAUCUUGUUUUUUUUGCCACAUAUUUAAAUAAUUACAGUAUGUAAGUAAGGGCAGCUUAUAAUGUCCUGUUUCUCAGACCUGGUCACCAAACGGUUACAAUUUCCUUCAAAAUAGUGAGUUUAGUUCCUGCUGCUUUGCCUUUAUUAGCCAGCUUCAGUUAAGGGAACUACAGCUGAAAAAAAGGAAAAAAAACUUAUUUUUUUGUUAGAUAAGUCACUAACUAGAAAUAGCAGCCCCUAUAGGGGGAUACACGACUCACAAUCCGUUCUGUAAUGUUUUUAUUAGAAAAAAAAUUCAAAAGUUUUCCCAUUCUUUUUAUUACACAUGGCAUUGUUUGUUUUUUUUUUCCUCCACGAAGAAUAAUAAAAAUGUUUUAUUCUGGAAA